GUCGAAACUCUCGAAGAGCUCAGCCGGACCAAGGGCAGCAACUUGUGUUUUCCCUACAAACAUGGACCGUUCAAACUUGCUACAAUCACAUUCGUCUUUUCGAGUAUCGUGUUUCUCCUUGUUCGAACGUAUUUCUCUUGGGCAACGACAACGACGUGGAUCUUUCUAUGGUUUUACUAGUUAUGGUGGAUGGCGAGCUGAUGUAGAAAGCUUAGGCGGCCACGGUCAAGACAGCUUGGAGGUUGAUAUUCAAGGGCAAGGUGUUGAUGGAUGGCUUCUAGGUAGAAUCUUUUCGAUUUCUUUCCAUCCUUCUUAAAGUGUUGUUCCCGACGACGGAGCAUCAACUUGCUCGACCACAAGACUUCCUUGAAGCAGCCUUUGUAUGCCUUAUUAUACUACUCUCAUAAUAGACCUCCAGUUCCACCCUUACGUCGACAGCGAUGUUGCCAUGUCUCACUCCCCGCACUAUAAGUCCUCACAGCCGCCGUUCACAUCGUCAGACAGGACACACAGGGAACGAAGGACGUUUGUCCGUCUCUUCCCCUUGGCCUCCCGGUUGUGCAAGAGGGACGGACCGGAAACAUGUCGACACGACACGACACGACAUCCGCGGUUACAUAGGACAGAUAUAACGAGUGACACGUUCAGAGACACAGUGUCGGCUUCUCAAGUCAAAUUCUCAAAAAAGAAAAGAAAAAAAGAAAGAAAAAAGGAGAGGGGCCGCUAUCACAUCCCGUCCGAUCGUGACACGGCGCCUGCUGUGGUCGAAAAGACGCCGCAAACAGCUUGGUGCUGUCACACCCGUUUUCCGGGACCCAAGGGCCGAAGGAUAACCGCGCAUUUUUGUCGUUCAGCGUUGCUUGUAGCACAUGCACUGAAAGCUCGUCGAAGAGGGGGGUUGUCUGUGGUGGUUUUGGGUAACGAGGGGCGGAGGAGGAGGGCUGUUCGGUGUUUGGGCGUUCCGAAUAGCAUGAUGUGGCUACCCGCAGGAGGACAUAUCAAGUCUUCGCACUUUGCAUAUUGUAUGUCCAAGGAGGAAAGGCGAUGAGUUGCCUCCGGAAAUGGACGAUGCCUAAGGCAGUUACGCUGGGCAUCGAGCAUUCAGACCGUCUCAUAUUAGUA